CUCUGCAGUUUCAUGUGAAUGCGAAUAUGAGCCAGUAGAUGGGCCACAAACAGAGAAACUCAAAGGAUCUUGAGCAUGCAGAGAAACUCAAAGGAUCUCGGGCAUAAUCGCUGCCGCACAAUACUUAUUCAAAGGGAACGCACACCUCGACUAUACAAGAAGAUGGACUCGACUCUUGGUUUCUGGAAAAAAUAAAACAACCGCCUCUGAGAUCAAAGACCUUUAAAGUUUCAGCCACAAUACCACUUUGUAGUUCACUUUGAAGCGCACGCUGCUGUCAGUAGUGUUGUGUCCUCUCUUCGGGAUUGGGCUCCAACCUGAAUGUUCUUUGGAAAAAAAGAAUUCGAAUUUUAAUAUUCAACAGGACAGUGUUGCAGAAAUAUAUACAUAUAUAAGUAUAAAACAUUUUUAUUUACUUUCCCUUUUGUGUAUAUCCCGAUUGUUGAAGGCUGUGAAGCAGUCCAGAUUUCUUUAUAGAUCAGCAGGAUUAUACAUUAACCAGAGGAGGUCAAAUUUAAUAAAGUGAAGACAGAAAGACGUUUUGUUUAAACCUGCGGAGACUUGACAGGAUAGAAAAAUGUCAUUUUCUACCUUCAUUGGAGUUCACGUCUCUCUUUUCCUUAUUAUUAUCAUAAAUGGUAUAGGAGAGUGCACCUUGCUACACUAUGCAGACAGCAGGUCAAACCCUCUGUCACUGGAGAAGAAUGUCGGAAGGCUGCCUAAGGAUUUCCAGUGUCAUCACAUGCUGAAACAUCUGCACAAUGGAGCCAGGAUUACAGUGCAGAUGCCACCUAACAUUGAGGGACACUGGGUCUCUACAAGCUGUGAAGUGAGGUCAGGCCCCGAGUUCAUCACCAGGUCGUACAAGUUCUACAAGAACAACACUUUCAAGGCCUACCAGUUUUACUACAGGGACAACCACUGCACCACACCCACCUACACACUGGUGAUCCGGGGGAAGCUGCGUCUCAGACAGGCCUCCUGGAUCAUCCGGGGCGGCACUGAGGCCGACUACCAGCUGCACCGCAUCCAGAUCAUCUGCCACAGCGAGUCGGUGGCCAAAGAGAUGAGCCAGCGGCUGAACCGCAGCUGCCGGGGGGUGAUGGGAGGAGAGGCUUCCUUGGAGCCCAACGUCAGCUCCGACCUGUGGAACGAGGACAUGGGCUGCGACUGCUCCCGGGCACUCAACUUCGCAAUGCACGAGCUGCAGCUGAUGCGGGUGGAGAAGCAGUACCUGCACCACAACCUGGACCACCUGGUGGAGGAGCUCUUCCUGGGGGAUAUCCACACAGAGCCUGCCCAGAGAAUGUACUACCGGCCCUCCAGCUACCAGGCUGCUCUGCAAAAUGCCAAGAACCACGACCACACGUGUAUUGCGUGCCGCAUCAUCUAUCGGUCUGACGAGCACCACCCGCCCAUCCUGCCCCCGAAGGCAGACCUGACCAUCCGGCUGCACGGCCAGUGGGUGAGCCAGCGGUGUGAGGUGCGGCCGGAGGUGCUCUUCCUCACCCGACACUUUGUUUUUCAUGACAAGAACAACACCUGGGAGGGGAACUACUACCAUUACUCCGACCCUGUAUGCAAGCACCCCACCUUCACCAUCUAUGCCAAAGGCCGCUAUAGCCGUGGGGUGCACUCCAACAAGGUCAUGGGAGGGACAGAGUUUGUCUUCAAAGUGAACCAUAUGCAAGUGACACCCAUGGAUGUAGCCACUGCCUCCCUCCUCAAUGUUUUUAAUGGCAAUGAGUGUGGAGAGGAGGGCUCCUGGCAGGUUGGGGCAGAGCAGGACGUGACACACACCAAUGGCUGUGUGGCACUGGGGAUCCGUCUUCCCCACACUGAGUACGAGCUGUUCCGCAUGGAGCAGGAUGCUCAUGGGCGCUACCUGCUCUAUAAUGGACAGAGACCCAGCGACGGCUCCAGCCCUGAUCGGCCUGAGAAAAGGGCCACCUCCUUCCAGACUCCGCUGUGCCAGUGCUCCUCUACCAGCCAGGGCUCUGAAAGGAGCUCACAUGAGAUCGAUAGGGCCCACCGCAUCAACAGUGGCUCAGACACAAACUGCCGGGGAACUCUCAGCAUCCUCACCAUGGUCUACCUUCUCCUGUUCUUAAGCUAAAGAAUAAAUAAAGAACAAGGCAGCCAAACCUGGUGGCUAUCCAAAAAUUAGAAGGAAACAGAGAUACACCAUGGCUGCGUAGCCCCUUUCCUCAAAGGAAGUCUGUUUAUUUACUUGAUGCACUUGAAUGCCUCAGAACUCUUUUUUGGGGGAGGCUGAGGUGGUGGAGAGGGAGGAAAGACAUUCCUUUGAACUUUUUCUUUAUUUUUUAUUUGAACUCUAUCCAGUCAAGCUUGGACUUGAAACUGCUGCACAACAUUAACUGCACUUUACUGGAGCAGAUGUAUAUCUAUAUUUCCAGCUGGUGUUGACCGAAGGGGGGCAGCUUAAGGCAGAGAAAAAAAAAUAAUAAUAAUAAUUCUACAGUUGAAAUGUCCUGUUUUGACAUUUUUUUCACUGUAUUGGCUUUAAUACAAUCAGGAAAAAACAUUUAAACCCUUGCCUGAUAGUGCCUAAUAAUCCAGAUUUGUCCUGAAGAAUGUGGCGCUAUCGCUGUUUUUUUCUCAGACUUGAUAGUUAAUGUUUGUAGAAGAACCAACUAACCUAAUUCCAGAAACUGUACAAAGGGAAGUACAAGGACCAGAUACAGCAAGUUUUGGGGUGCACAGCAAACAAGCUAAAAUCUAAACUUUUCUUUGUGCUCUUCUUAAUCUUUUAUAAUUAAGCAGAUUUGUGUUGUGAAAUUCUAGUGCCACUUUCUUUUAUUCAUUUUACAAAAGGGUCUCCAUCAUUAUUUUAUUUAUAUAAUUUCAAAGUCUGUUUAAACAACAAUUCACAAGUUUUCAGGGGCUGUUGUAAGGUGAACCUCUUAUGUGAUCAGUGCCUUUAGUUUUCUGUAAACUAUUGUUUAGUAUUACAAUUAGCCCGACUGGAUUCAACUGGCAUUUUUGAGAAAGUACUUUAGAAUUUACCACUGUUUGUGAUUAUGUGUCAGACUUGGUUUAGGUGGCUUUGUAAAAUGUUUGUCUGCAGAACUAGAUCAACUAUAUAAAUUAAAUAUUUGGAAAUAUAUUUUGAGCUAUCUCAGUGUUCAGUUCUUGUCUUUAUUUGGUUUUCAGCGGUGAAGCUGAAGUUUUACAUGUUCCCUUAAAAAACGACUCCAAGGAAAACAAUGUAAAAUUCACUGCUAAGGCAGUCCAAAUACACAGGCUUGGAAAUAUAAAACUAAGCUGACAUUAGAAUGCCUAAAACAUUGGUUGUGUACCAUGUACCGGUCCAGGGGAGCAUGGAAACUCAAAACAAAACUGCAGGGUAUUGGCAUAAAAAAGUGAUGGAAUAAAACCAGUUUUAACCAGUAUAGCCUAGUUGAGACAUUUUGCAGUGUGUGCCUGGUAUUAAUCCUUUUUAGAUGAGCUGGAAUAUCCAUGCAUGUAAAGAAGGCACUUGGUCCAACAACUAGAACACAAUAGGGGUCAUGUAUCAAGCGUUUGCGACGGCAUUAAGGCCAUAGCUCUGAGUUUAUGCUGGCCCGUGUGUAUCGUGACACUUUUGGCAAGUUAAGGCCGUUUUAGCACCACCAAAAUGCGCUCCGCCGCUCAUUAGCCUUGCAUUUUAAGGUGUGUCAAGCCUUAAUUAUAUGCAUGGGCAAAUUGUAGGUGGGGCUCAUUUGUAAAUGAAGUCUGAAUUUUGUGUUUUCCUUCAUACAUACUGUACAUUUCUAGUAAUAUGUACAGUAUGAGGAAUUCACCAAUCAUGAAGCCAGUAUUUGUUUGACCUUGUUGUCGUAGUAACCAAAUGCAUGGCAUUGAGCCGGACCAUGUACAGCUACUGUAGCGCUGCUUCUACGUCAUAAAAGUAUGAAAUCAACAGUGGAGAUGAAGAGUACAGUAAUGUAAAAUACUGUAAGGAAAAUAAAAUGCAUAUUUUUCACUGUAGGCAGCCAAAUACACGAUUUUUGUGAAAUUCGUGAUAUCGUGAAUUUUCAGGGGCUUCUUAUGACGGAGAGUGCAGACUCCUAACCUUCCUGAACAACCCAGGAAUAGAGGGAGAGUGCUGAGAAGAAGGGAGAGUAUUUAGGGUCUGCAUUACCCUUUCUGAUCUCCCUGAGGAUGACAUUUGUGCAUGGCAGAGCGCUACUUUACACUUCACGAUUCACGAUAUCACGAAUUUCACGGAAGUUGUGUAUUUGACUUCCUACCAUGAAAAAUAUGCAUUUUAUUUUUACACUCCGCCAAUUUAGCGCUGCAUCGGUCGACCUUGAUACAUGUUCCCCUUAGUUGCUUAUUGACAAGGAAACUCAAAACAGCCCAAGCUUCAAAUAAAUAUUGUGUUAUUUAUCAACAAAUCAACAGAGAGAGAUAUGGAAACAAUUCAGAUAUUGUGACCAAUUUUAGGUGCAAUUGUUAUGGCUGUAUUUUUUUCAUGGUUAUCACGGAUUUUACCCAUUUUUGUGUAAUAUGUAGUUCCUGUGAAAAUUCCCAUUUCUGAAAGUGUUUUCACUAAGUGUUUACAAUAGUGUAAACAUCCAUAUUUUUUUAUCACUUAAAAAUAAAUACAGCAAAUGUUUGCCUUAUUGACGCACUUCCUGUUACACUGCAUAUAGGAACCUGGCAGACGGUUUAGUUUGCUUCCAGUAACUGAUUGAACACACUGCGUGAUUUCUUUGAAAUGUCUUCACCGAAAAAGACACUAGCUGCACCAAAUAUUGGAAAUAUGUCUGCUAAAGAUAACUCUGUCCAGUACAAGAGGGGAACAUUUCACUUGUCUGUUGUUGUUUUUAUAUUUAUUUGUGUUUUUACUUUCUUUGAUAAUUCACUGAAUGUAGAAUGUCUUUAAAAGGUAGUCAUAAAAAAGUGAAAUAUUCUACAAUUAAGCAUUUACUGUUUUUCAGGUAAGCAUUUAAAUAUUUAGGAACAUUUGUUGUAUAAUAAUGCUACAGAUAAUGAUACAUUUUGAAUGUGACAAUGCUAUUUUUUCUGCUUUAAUAAAUAUUAUGUUUAAUCAUGAA